AUGGUCAACACCGCUUCUAGGCCCUCGGCAGGCAACCUUGCAACCAACCCUACCCUCCUCGUCCAGGCCCGAACUCGAUUCUCUUUCAAACUACGCCGCAAAGUCUCGAAACCGGUGCCGGGGAAGCCGACUUCCGAAGAAGGCCGCGUUUUCGACGACCUACUCGCCUCGCUGCAACAGCACACCAGCGAUGCCGAGGAGCCCGCCGACGAACCUGUUCAGGUGGCCACCUCGCCACUCAUCGCUUCACUCCUUCCUCUUACGUUCGCGCAAAGCCGGAGAGACAUCCGUGAGCGCAGAGAAGGCUUCGAGAUGGGCGGCGGCCCUCCUACUCCGUUUGCGAUCCGCGCCCAGACGCUGCUACCUCUAGACAUCGCCUUUGAACGAGAAGACAUCCGACGGAGGCACGAACGGUUCGAAUCCCCCAAGACUCUCACGCGCGCCAGUAUCUUGUCUACGACCCCAUUGGCCCACACGGACACUCUUGGGCUUGGCUUUGGCCUUUCGCCCGAUCGGGUUACUCGGACAUCCCCUGCGCUCUCAACCUCUGCCUCUCAUCCUGGUCCUGGUCGUGUCUGCUCCAUCGCCUCAACCCCUUCCGUCUACUCCCCUUCACGCAGCUGCAUCGACCCCUCUGUGCUCGACCCCUCUGGUGCCGCGGAGGAGUCCUGGUCGUACGAUAGCUUGGUCGCCGUCUACUCCGAGAACAGCUGCUCGGACGACGCCAGCAGCGUGCACAUGAUCCUGGAGAACCUGACGUCGAGCUCCUUCGAUGAGGAGAGCUUCAUCCGAAUGGCCGAGGAUUGUGUGGGGUGGUGA